UGCAACACUGAGAGACAGUAUUGGUUGGCGUGUACAAGCCCCAACAGCAGUGCAUUUCACUCUCAUCGGCUAGUCGUUCUUUAAUCCAGCGUUUAAAACCCCUCAGAGCAAUAUAAACUAAAGCCGUAUGAUACAGUAUCAUAGAGCAAAGACCCUCGAUCCCCGGCCUGAGCAAUAAAAAACAACAGUUUGGUGUGUGUAAUGUGCAGAAAUAGCUAAGAAGUGCGGGGAAAACGCGGCGCAGCAAAGUGGAAAAAAGCAUAGAUAAAGGAGAGAGAGAGAGAGAGAGAGAGAGAGAGAGAGCGAGUGAUAGAUAGGGCUGGUUGCUUCGGUGCGGUGGUGGUUAUGGUGGGUCCGUGUGUUAUCGCCGUUCGCCCCGAAGCAUUGACUUGCUCCAAAUUUACGGCGCAGGCGCAGAACCACACAUAAAACCUCUCUCUCUGCUCGCGCUCUCUGCGUGUGGUAUCAGUGGGCAAGUGGGAGCGGGAGCCCCUCCAAACAGGAUAUUUUAUUAUACUGAAAUUCGUACUGAAACCCAUACGCAUACACACACCCACACACGCACGGAGUAACGUAGGAGUAGAGCGCAGGAAAUUCGCAUUUUCAGGCCAGAAGCACUCGGUGUGUAGUAAAGCGCGCUCCACAAGCAAAAGCUUCGCAUUGCCAUUCGGACGCAUUCCGUUGCUUGCUCGCUGCUGCAUCCAUCACACUUACACAAACACAAACACCCUUGUGCAUACACUCUCUCACACCCACACACGUGCAAAAAUCAAUUAAAAGCAAAGAGGAAUAUACAAGAGAUAACAGAAAAAAAGUAGAGAUAAAAUAAAAGUUUGAGAGUUGAAUUUUUUCGUGGACAAAAACCCGCUCGCCAGCGAACAUGUCGAAAUUAACUGUGAAAUGUGCAAAAGCUCACAAGUUACGCAAAAAAUGCCGCAGCAAAAACGUCGCAGUCGCAGUCGCCGCAGCAGUCGCAAUCGCAGCAGCACCAGUGGAGAGAAAAAUGUGAAACGGGCAACGAGAAACGAGAAACGAGCAACGAACAGCAGCAUCAGCAGCAGAAGCAGGGAGAAGAGUGCAGCAGCGUACAGAGUAUGCCCAAAAGUGCAAGGAUGCAUCGUCGUGCCAUUGACCACCGAACCAGCAAUUUGUCUCUAACACUAAAUCCAGCAGCGCCUACAACAUCUACUAAAUCCACGUAGCCCAGGCCUCGUCGCAUCCACCCCACAUUGUCACUGUCGGACGGACAAACGGACGAACGUUGUGCCGGAAGCGCUGCAGCAGCAGCACUAGAAUCAGCGGAAAUUAAAACAAAUCGAAGUCGAAAUAAAAAGCACUCACACAGAGAGAGAGGCAGACAAGAGACAACGGUAAGGAGAGAGAUAGAGAGAGAGAGAGAAAAGAGUAACGGAGUGUAUUCUACGUUGCAUCAGAUUUACAACACGGCACAUUUACUACCGGUUACUGCAGCUGGCUCCGGUUCCGGCUACUGCUCUCGGCCCUCCCCCUUCCACAACCAUUACGGGUGCAUCCACCUCCUUUCGCUCCUUUUGGCUGGUGCUGAUGAUGGUGAUGAUGAUGUUGUUUGCAAUUUGUGAUUUCAUGUUUUCAUAACUCGGCCAACCGUUGGCACGGAUUAGACAAAACGUCGAGCGUCGGGCAUCAAGCGUCAGCAGCCUUCAGGACAGGCUUCCUGUACCAAAGUGCAGGAAUCUACAUCUACACGAGCAACGAAUAAAUUGAACUUGCAUUUUUAUAUCAAUUUUUAUAAGCAACCAAAUGGAACGUGUUCAGCAGCAUUCAUCCAAUGCCAUCGCCAUCGCCAUCGCCAACGCCAAAGCCAUCGCCAUUUUGCCAUCUUGCAUCAUCAUCGGUUAGAUAAGAGUCGGCAAUUCAAAGCUCAGUUGCCACACGACAACGACCACGACCAACCCGCCCCCCACCGCUCCCCCAGCCAAGAAGAAGGGCCAACGAAAAGGAAAACAAUUCCCCCAUCGGAUACCCACUAAUAAAUGCAGUGGAAGAAGAAGUUUACUCGAUUGAAAGCAGCUACUGGAAAUUCGCGUGUGCGAAGAAUGCUUUGUUGUGGACGUAGAAAGGAGAAUGGAAGAUCAGUUCCUGAUGUUACCGCCAGCCCGGGACGCGCCCCACCCGGACCGCUGCCCGCCAACCAGCUGUCCUCGCUGGGCAACCAGCAGCACGGCAACCAGCAGCAGCACCAGCAGCAGCAGCAGCACCAUGGCAACCAGCAGCAGCAGCACCAUGGCAACCAGCACCAGAAUCGCGGACAGAGCGGCAGCAUCUCGAAUGCCGGCAAGGAUCCGGUGCUGCUGCAGGGCGACUUCCGCAAGGUCAGCGGCAUCAGCUCGGAGAUCUUUCGCCAGAUAGAGGCCGUCGAGAAUGACCACGACCCGAAUACGGCGGCGGCCCUGGACGCGGUGGAGCGUCGCGGCGAGAUGAUUGUCCGCAUCCUGGAGCCGCGCUGCAUGGGCAGCAAGCAGGCGGUGGAUGCCGCCCACAAGCUGAUGAACAAGGCCGACGGCAGGCACACAGUCCAGCUGGUGGAGAUCGUCAAGCGGCCCGGACAGACGCUGGGCCUGUACAUACGCGAGGGCAACGGGGCCGACCGCACUGAUGGCGUCUUCAUUUCCCGCAUUGCCCUGGAGUCGGCGGUCUACAACAGCGGUUGCCUGAGGGUGGGCGAUGAAAUCCUGGCCGUCAAUCUGGUGGACGUGACCCACAUGUCGCUGGACGAUGUUGUCAUCAUCAUGUCAAUUCCACGCCGCCUGGUGCUGGCCAUCCGCCAGCGACGUGGCAAUCGCGGCACAAACUCUCCCGGACCGCCGACGCUGUCGCGACCGGAGCAGAAGCCGCCGCCGGUGGUGGUGAUCAAACGGGAUCUCAGGGACGAGGAUCUGGACGAGACGGAUCGCAUGCAGAGGCCGCGCUCAUCACGUGAAAGACGUACAGGUGAUGGCCGCGAGAUGACCGAGUCGCGCUCCAGGCUGGGCCUGGGCCUCAACAACUACAGUCCGCAGUCGGAGCAGCUGGACAUGUACUACAACUCCCGCGGUGGCGGCGGAGGCCAUGGCGGGGGCGGUGGCAUGCCCGUCAAUGCCAUGGGCGAGCCACCCAACUGGGGCUACAAGCCGCCGCCACCGCCCUCGUCGGUGAUCACGGAGCAGCCCACAAAGGGCCACGCCUUUGCGCCCUCGCAUGCGUACUACCAGAACGCGGGAACGCUGGAAAGCCUGGCGGAAAAGGUGCAUGCCUUCUACCCGGGUGCGCCCGGACAGCCAGUGGGUCAGUCGCGUCGCAUGUCCACAGGAACCGGAAACGUGGGACUUUCCCAGCAGCACGCGCGCUUCCCGCGCUCCGGAUCGGAUCAGCAUUUGCCGCGAGUGGAGUACGCCGACUACUCCAACUCCCUGGGUCGCCACUCGCUGCUACGCUCCAGCCUGAAGCCCGGCACCGGGGCUCCCAUGCCCGUGGGCGUGGGUGGAACGCUGGGCCGCUACGGGCGCUAUGAUCAGCAGCGUGCCAGCACGGUCUCCAAGUACGGACCGCCGGCUGCCGGAGCCCAGUCGCUGACGCGUCGCUCCCGACCCAAUCUGGACUACUCCAGUGACACGGAGGCCACGAUCGGACCGCGUCCCAGCUACUACUACUACAACAGGCCCGCCAUUGGCAGCAUGCCGCGAGGUGGCGGUGGCCACGUGAGCGGAGGAGCAGCUGCCACGGCUGCCCUGCUGGCAAGCGCCGCAGAUCUCAACAAGUUCAACUCGCUGCCCAGGGAACGACCCGGCGUUAGGCUGCAGGGCAUCCGCACCAGAAUCAGCGAUCGGCUGGUGGACGAGAACGAUGGCAACACCUCGGCGCCGGAGUUCGAUGUGCGACGAGGCAGAGAUCUCCGGCAGCGCAUCACCGCCAGUCCCUCGAUCUUCACGGCGGACGAGUACCGCGCCUGGCUCCGCCGGGCUCCCAGCAGCUCUGCCAUUGCGGAACAGAUGCGAAUGACGCGCGACUUGUUUGCCCAGCCGCGAUCGCAGCGGUUCUCCUGCAGCGCCGAGAACAUCCACGACGCAUUGAGGAAUACGGAGAGCAUCUACUCGAGUAGAACGGGCAUACUCGGAGCUGGCACCCUCGAUCGCAAUAUGGGCCUAACGCGGCCCAUUUCCGCACUGCCUGUGCGUUCCAUGUCCUCGCAGCACAUCGGUGGGGCAGGCUCCAUACGCUCGCCCAGCAUACGACGCAUGCGACAGCUGCUAGAACUGUCCGCUGGCCCGGCCAGUCCUAGUGGCAGCAUCAUGAGCACCGGCGGCCACCAGAGUCCAGCACCGACGCCCAGCGCCACGUUGCCCCGUCAGCACCGCCAGAUCGACAUCAAUCCGGCCGAGUUUGCCAAGUACAAGCUGGACAAGCCCAUAGUGGACAUUGGUGGGGUGUCGGGCAUGUUGUGGAUCCAUCUGUUGGCGGGUCGAGGCCUGCGAACCGCUCCUGAGGGAGCCGGGGCCCAACCUGGGGCGCCACCUGGCCAGACCAGGGAUCUGUACUGCGUGAUCGAGUGCGAUCGCGUGCACAAGGCACGCACGGUGGUUCGAUCCGGGGAUCUGCAGUUCGACUGGGACGGGUCCUUCGAGCUUGACUUGGUCGGGAACAAACAGCUGGAUGUCCUGGUCUACUCGUGGGAUCCCCAGCACCGGCACAAGCUCUGCUAUCGGGGAGCCAUUUCGCUGUCGGCCAUCCUACGGCAGUCGCCGCUGCACCAGCUGGCCCUCAAGGUGGAGCCGCGGGGCACCAUCUACAUCCGCAUGCGGCACACUGAUCCCCUGGCCCUGUACAAGAGGCGUGGUCUGCCCAGCCUGAGGGCCGGCUAUCCGACGCUGUUCGGCGCCGACCUGGAGACGGUCGUCAACCGGGAGUCUAAGGGGGCCCCGGGCUGUGCCCCAGUGCCAAUUGUGCUACGGCGCUGCGUGGAGGAGGUGGAGCGACGUGGGCUCGAUAUAAUCGGGCUGUAUCGACUGUGCGGCUCGGCCACCAAGAAGCGUCUGCUGCGCGAGGCCUUCGAGCGCAACAGCCGUGCCGUGGAAUUGAGCCCGGAACAUGUUCCUGACAUCAAUGUCAUCACCGGUGUGCUCAAGGACUACCUCAGGGAGCUGCCGGAGCCGCUGUUCACGCGCUGCCUCUUCCAGAUGACAGUAGACGCCUUGGCUGUCUGCCUGCCAGAUGACCCCGAGGGCAAUGCAAAACUGAUGCUUAGCAUCCUCGAUUGCCUGCCCAGGGCGAACAGGGCCACUCUUGUAUUCCUGCUCGACCACCUGUCGCUGGUCGUUUCCAACUCUGAGCGCAACAAGAUGUCCGCCCAGGCGCUGGCCACGGUGAUGGGCCCACCGCUGAUGCUGCAUUCGGCCAGCGCACAGCCGGGCGCUGACAUCGAUCACGCCCAGCCGAUCGCAGUGCUCAAAUAUCUGCUGCAGAUCUGGCCACAGCCGCAGGCGCAGCAUCAGCAGCUGGCACAGCACAUGGGCGGCGCAACGGGCUCGAUGAUGAGCGGCCUGGCCACGGCCGGCAGUAUGAGCAACAUGGCCGGCGUUGCUUCAGGUCGGCGCGGCGAGUCAACAGGGCAGCGUGGAAGCAAAGUCAGUGCGUUGCCAGCGGACAGACAGCAACUUCUACUGCAGCAGCAGCAGCAGCUCAUGGCGGCGGGCAACCUCCUGCGCUCGUCCACUUCGGUAACCAACAUACUCUCCCAAGGCCAUCCUCAGCUCUCAGCCACAGCCAACAGUCAUCUGUAUCAAUCAGUAGUGGGUCAGUUAGCUCAAUCGCAUCGAGCCUUGCAACAAGCGGUGCAACAGCCCUAUCAAUUGGCGGGAUCAGUGGGCUCAGCAAUUCCCGACCAAUCGCCACUGCCACUUCCAGGCACACCCUCCCCAGGCAGUAGCUCAGCGUCGACGGGUUCGGGCUCCGGAUCGGGCUCGGGUAAAAGCACGGAUACCAUCAAGCGCGGUGCUUCACCUGUCUCCGUUAAGCAAGUCAAGAUCAUCGAUACGGCCAGCCCCUAUUCCAUAGUACAGAAGAAGCCGCCGCUGCAGAAGGAUGCACCCGUAGAUGCCAUCACACCCACCACCCAGUCGGAUGCAGUAUCAGCCCUAGGCGGCAGCAGCAGCACGACAACACGCAAAGGCAACGUUGACUUCUAUGAACCGCACAAAGCGCUGUCCAAGAGCCUGGCCGGUGAUGACUCUAGCUACAGCUCCAAGUACGCCAGCCUGGACACAAAGAAGAGCAGCUACAGCGGCAACAGCAACAGCUACACCCCCAGCAAGACCAGCCUCAACGCCAGCAGCGAUGAGUACAAGGCGAUGCGCAACAAGUCGAGCGCCACCUCAAGCUCCAGCUCAUCGCAGGCUACGGUAUUGAGUGCCGGCUCGACGGCCACCUCGGCACCCACCACCUCCUCGGAUGACUCGGACGAUCUGCUGUCGUACAAGUCGUCGGCCUCCACCAACGCCUUGCUGGCCCAGUCGCAGGCCAUGACCACCAGCCAGCUGAUGUCGAAGUAUUUAAAGCGUGAGCCGCGUGUCCAGUUCACGCCGAUCAAGUCGCCGGAGUCGCCAUCGCCGCCCGGCGGUGGGGAUGGUCUGCCCAAGGGCACUUACCAACUGGUCACGCCCACCGGCUCCAGCUCUUCUCUCAAGCCCAGCGCCACAACGGGAGCGAUUAGCAAGCACACCACAUCGUCGCCAAGCUCAGCGGACACGAACACUAACCACACCAACAGCCAACAGAAGUUGUCAUCGCCCUCGCGCCUGAACAAGGACAGUAAGUCCGGAGCAGCGGUAAGUGGCUCCUCCUCGAUUGUGUCGACCGGACGGCGGCUGUUUGACAGCCUGGCCUCGUCGUCAUCGUCGGAGACGGAGACCAAGACCUAUAUUGGUGGAACCACUGCCAAUGCCAGUGCAUCCAGCAGCACGACAACCUACACCAACGACUCGCGGAACACGGCAAGCAGUAGCAAUAAGUCGGUAGCGGGAUCGGGCUCAGAGCACAGGAGCUAUGGCAGCGCUCUCUUUGGGAGCAGCGGCCUGGGCAAUGGCAAUGGGACCACCAGCGGCAACCACAACCAUUUGGGCAGCACCAACAGUCCCUUCACCAGCACCAAUGGCAACGGCAGCCACAAUGCCAUGCACCUGUACGGCACUUUGCCAAAGAGUGGGGCAGGUGGGGGCGCCGCCAGCUCGGGGGCUGCCCUGUUUGGAAGCAGCGCCAGUUCCUCCUACCACUCGAGCAGCGGUGCGGGUACAACAACCAGCAGCGGGGUCAGCUCCAUGACGGGCUCCACCAAUAGCUAUGACUUCUACUCGAGCAGCACCUCGAGCGGCAGCAGCAGCUCACGUCCCUUUACCAAUGGGGGCAACAAUUACCACACUCUGGGCACAUAUCGGGCGCAGUAUGCGGCCACCAAUCCCUUCCUCGAUGCCUUCGACGAGAAGCCCAGUAGCAAUGGGGGCAACGGCGGUAGUAACAAUGGCCACGGGGAGGCGGACAAGCUCGGGGCGGACAAGGGCCAUCACAGGGCGACCGUGAUGGCGGCAUUCCAGUCGUCGGGCGACUCCAAGAACGGUAGCGAUGAGUACGACGAUCUCAAGUGAGGCGAUAACGAUAACCAUAAUGAUAACGAACAAGUACGAUACGAUUACGAAAACGAUUGCCAUACAGACAGAGACAAUGCUGAAAGUGUUCUUUUGGAGUAUUUACAGUUUACAAAUUUACAUAGAACGAAUAAUACGAAUAUAAACCGAUAAACAAUAAUCGAAUAACUAGAAAAAAAAAACUAUGCUAAAACCCACUGAACGCGCGGAUAUCUCCUCUUAUUAAACGGAAGGCCAACAUGGCUGCCGAGCUUUCUGUAUGUGUGUGUGGUAUGGUGUGGUGUGUAUGUGUGUAUGUAUGUAUACCGAGCGGAAACACCAACAGUGGGGUGGGGCAGCCAUUUAGCUAAUACAAAUCCGAAUUCAAUAACAUUUACGAACAGUAUUUUUGAACGAACUAAAAGCAAAACCCAAGAAGAGAAUAAUAGGUAAACAUCGUAUACAACAAAUUACAAAUUAUAAAUGUAACAUAACAACUAAAGAAAAACAACGUGAACGAGAACAAACUUAAACUGAAAGGUUGAUCGCGCAUUAAAUUUUUACAAGCAACAUAAAAAAAUCAACAAUUUCUACAUACAUAUAUACAGACAUGCUCAUGUACAUGCCUAUACACGAUAUAUAGACAUGCAAUACAAUUAUGCUAAUGACAUAUUUUUGCAUUUCCCCAGUCCCAAGUAUUGGAAUACAUACGCUGUACAUACUACAAAAAGAGUCCUCUUCCACGUCUUUUUCUAUCCCUUACACCAAACAACCACAGCACAGCAUACCAUAGCGUAUGCGAUGUGUGUGUUUCAAUGUGACCAACUCUCUAAUCUAUAAAACCGCUGUACUCGAUAUAUGUAUAUUUAUGUGAAAACUAAGCAAAAGCCCAAGUCCAGGUAGUUACUGGACAACUUUUCGAGCAAUAUAUUUGCCUAAAAUGUUUCUCUACCGCCUCUUACAUGUAUGUAUUAUACAUACUUAUACAAUAUAUAUAUAUAACCAUACCAAAAUUGUAUAAGGCCCAAAGGUAUGCUUCGAAACCCAAAAACAGCCGCCUAAGACAUCCUUGGAGCCUUCGUUACCGUAUCCGAUCGAUCGAUGAUUGAUAAUACAUCAUACAUCACACGCAUACAUACACACAUAAAAACAAACAAAUACAUGAAUUUAUUGACGAAUCGAUGUGCUUAGUUUUUGGUAUGAAACAAAGUCUGAUAUACACACUAAUAUACAACAAUACAGUAUAAUAUUUAUAAACAUUUAAACAUAAUUAUACAAACGAUGGAAAAAACCGAAAACAAACAAACAAAAAAAGAAGACAAAACUAAAAAAAAAAAACAAAAAACUAAAGUUAUAUAUAACUAUACAAUAAAAUAACAAAUUAAAACACGCUUUGCGAUUAAGGGACAGAUUUUACAUACAGCAUUUAUGUUUCCAAAGCUUUUUAUAUAAUGUAUGGCCAACUGUGCUUAAUCCCAAUCGUACUAUAAAAAAUCUAUACAAUACAUCAAAUAUAAUACAAUAGAAAUUACACCCCGAAUUAACGAAUGCUACGAAACUGUAAAUACCCACAAUGUAAGAGUACUUAAAACGUUUGUGCUUUAGCUAGAGUAUCAUCAGUCAGUCGGUCGGUUAGUCAGUUAGUCAGCUAGUCAAUGUUUGCCAGUUCAAGAAGAUAGUUUCUAGUCAUAGUCAUAGCAACCUAUUCAUACGAGUAUAUACAUACACCUAGGCUUAUGCGCAGGCAUUGCAGAUACAUAUAAACAUACACUAAAGCAUAGAGAAAAUAUUAUUAUUUAAACUAGGCCAGUCAGGGAGAGAUCUUAAGCAAUAAAUAGCAGAUUAGCAGGCUAGCAGGAAAAUCGAAGUAUAUAUAUGUAUGUACAUAUAUACAUUUGUGUUGGCUACCAAAAAAAAAAAAACAAACAAAAAACACCAAGCAUAAUCAUUCGUCUUCAUGCAAAGUACAACUUCCUACAAGAACCCAACCACAAAACAAACGAAAAUAACAAGCUACCAUUCAUAUACGGAAUUCAAGUUCAAGUUCAGAUUCAAAUUUCAAAUCAAUUAUUAGAAUGGUAUUAAUGUAAACCAAUUCAUAACCAAGAUUGUGCAUUAUUUGAUUUUAAAUUAAAAUACUGAUUCAAAAUAUUGAUCAAAGUGUUGCUGAUGCGAAAGAGAUAAAGAGAGAGCUAGCGA